AUGAGAGACGAAGUCAGAUCGUUUUGUCUGAAAUUUACAACUUUUGUGAAAUCUGCGACAAUAUUCACAAUCACUCAUGUCGGAUUAUGUUUUCUGGUGGCUCUGUAUGCAGUGGCCGGAGCAUUUAUGUUUCAGGCAGUGGAAUAUCCUUAUGAGCUGGGAUUACAGGGAAAAGUGAAGAACGCUUCACUUAAGGUUGUUGAUGACAUUUAUCGAUUUAUUAAUCGAAAAAAUGUCAUUGAAGAAACUGCUGUCAAAAAUGAAUCUCAAUGGGCGCUAAAAGAAUUUGAGAUGCUACUGGUGCAUGCAAUGAACUUUGAAGGAUACGAUGAACAUGACGAAGAACGACCCACCUUCCAAUGGACAUUCUCAGGCGCACUUCUCUAUUCUAUCACAGUUUUUACAACAAUUGGUUACGGCCACAUUUGUCCGAAAACCGACACUGGUCGACUGCUGACAAUCCUCUACUCGAUUCUUGGAAUACCAUUGAUGCUCUUAUGUUUAGCAAAUAUUGCGGAGACACUUGCUCAGGUCUUCACUUACAUCUACUUCAAGCUUUGUUGUGCCUAUUGCCGCUGGCAAAAGAAUCGACGAAGAGUUCGGCGGGCGGCUCUAAGCUUCCGUUAUCAUCCGAAUGCCGCGGUGAAUGUGCGAAGGGUUCAGAGCUCGCGGAGCAAUCAGAGAUAUAAUACAGUUCGGCGGCAUGCGUCAUUGAAUAGGUCAAGGACGAGGAGUAAUGAUACGAAGUCGGUUAGGAGUUUUAAUAGGUACGACUCAACCAACACCCAACCCGUACAACCUCCUCGAUUCGACACGAUGUCUCUACCCGGCCGUCGAAAAAUCAGCACUCAAUCCCGAAGCCCAAAUGGGACGAUGCCUCGACUACCGAACUUCCCACAACCAAAACGAGGAGCGCACUUGCAAAAGUCGAAUACUGCGAUCAAUAUGGAGCAGUUGUAUACGGAUGAGAAGCGGAGCAGAAGGGGAAGGCAUGCAGUUAGUGAGAGUCCUGCGAGGGAGUAUAAAGGUGGCCUUCUUGUUCGUGCCCAACACCAACCCGAUGAAGGAGUUGUCGACCUGAAAGCCUACGGUGGCUCGGCCGCCGCGUUCCACGACCUGGUGACCAGAAAACCCCGUCGAGACGAUGCAGCAGUUCCAAACGUCAUAAUCUCGAGGACCAGAGAUGAGGAUGUCAAGUCGGAUCCCGACAAGACAGAGGAAACUAGCAUGUCACUGACCGACGAUGAGGAUAUGCAGAAGCCACCAAGAAGGAACAAUUCCGCACGGGAAUUGAGGGAAAAGGAAAUGAUGAUGAUGAACUCGUUAAAUCAUAAGCAGCCAAGUAUGGAUAGUAGUACAUCGAGAAGAUUGCGGGAUAUUGAUGGAAGAAGCUAUCGAUCGGAUCGAUCUGAAAGAUCAGAUGAAAUGUCAUUGCAUUCGUUGAGGAGAAAUGGUCACCGAAACCAGGAGAAAAUGCCUGUCAGCGUUGGUAUUUGCAUCGUCUUCGCGUUCAUUUCUGGCGGAGCUUGGCUGUUCUCCUGGUGGGAGAAUUGGAAUGGAUUUGAUGGUGCCUAUUAUUGCUUUAUUACUUUGAGUACAAUUGGUUUUGGAGACAUCGUACCUGGUCAGGCUCUUGACGAAGGGAGCCAGGAGAAACUUGUAGUUUGUGCGCUUUAUCUGCUGUUUGGAAUGGCUCUUAUUGCGAUGUGCUUCAAGUUAAUGCAAGACGAUGUUGUACAAAAGGCGAGAUGGCUCGGGCAGAAAAUUGGGAUUCUUGCUCGGCCGUUUGAGUUGUCUCGUGAAAUUGCAAAACAUGCAAUAUUCCUAUUCGGAUACUCGGUUUCAAUCCGCGAUGAGUCGUCAGAAUCCGAGUCGGAUUUCGACGACGAUAUGAUAGAAGAAGACGAGGAGGAUAUGAGCGAAGAGCGCAACGAUCAGGUAUAUGACAAACGAACCAUUUCCUCGGGCUCAUCGAAGCAGAAUGAGGAGUAUAUUCAUCCAAGGAAGUAUCAUCAUCAUCACAGGAGAUAG